AUGCCAGAUAACCAUAGCUCUAUCACUCGUGAUGUUAUUGAAAUACUUAUUGCCCGCUACCUGAAUAAACAUAAUUACGAUCAAACAUUGCGGAAUUUCCUAACUGAAGCUCGAUUGCCUCUAUCAACUGUCGAGAAAACAGAUAAUUUGGAAGAUCUUGACACGAUUAUUGCCGAAAGGAUUGCGUUUAAGAAAUUCGAUAAUAGUUCAAGAUUGAAGUCAGAUAUUAAUGAGGUUUUACCUCCUGAUGAAGAGCUAGAUAAACUUCCAACAUGGAACCAUACAAUCAAAGGUACGGUUGUCGAGAAUGUUCCUCAGCCGGGAGCUUUAGCGGUAAACGCUUCUGUAGGUCUACCAUUAGGAUUGGUGGUUUCUACAGCUGCAAAGGAGGUCUGCGUCUUUGACAAAUCUUCUCAAAUUAAGCAUAGGUUUAAAUGUGACGGUGUAAUAAAGAAGUGUGGGUUGCUACCCAAUGUAGCUGGGGAUAUUAUAUAUUAUGCAUGUGGAAUGGAUGGCACUAUGUCUAUUUAUGGUAAGAACUGGGAACGCUUGGGUCGGUGGAAACUGCACAACAGAGUAAUCACAUUUAUGGAGUUUUUUGUAACUCAACGUGAUGAAAUAAUAUGUUUUAGUACAGGGUUCGAUAAACUGCUCAUCGUUAGUAAGCUGGACUUGAAAACUUUGUCACUUGAGACAUUGGAUACAGAUGAAUUGGUCUCUCAAUGCACUACUCUUAAGGUGUUGCAAGGAGAACAAGAGGAGCCCAUCAUUUUAUAUACACGAAUGGAUUUCAGUCACCUGCAUAUUUUAAAAUUGGAAGACUAUAAGAUUAUUGAAAGGUGUCGAAUUGCAUUGAACACAGCCCAGUUUAGUACGCAUGCUUUUAACAUACAUGAUAUGCUUGUAUGCGGCGAAAGCCACAUUACAAACAAAAAUUUGAAUAUUCAACGGAUCAAACAGGGAUCCUACUUAGCACUAGCAACAUCACAUUGUCCAUAUAUGAGAAUAAUUCUGGUGAAAUUCCCAAAUUUGAGUGAUGAGUAUUUAGCAAAACAAGGUAAAGAGGCGAACCGUCCUUUUAUCCAUUAUGAUAUGGUCGUGCGAAGCAUCGCAACCAACAUCCCGCAGGAUGUCUAUGCUCAACCGAUAUUAGCCUUGCGCCCCCAUACCUCUGAUGUUGUAGUAGGAUGUGCUACAGGCCUAUACGCUGUUGAUAUCCAGUUGGGUACUUCAUGGUUAUUACCAAUUAUAACACAGGAUGCAGGAAUCAAGACAAUGGCUGUCUAUGAUAAUAAGGUGUAUUUGUUUCUUUCAAACCAAUCUCUUGUUUUAUGGAGUUUAUGUUAA